CUCGAUUUUGAAUUCAGUUGUUUUGAAAAAAAGCCAGAAGGACGUGUUUUAUUUGACUAUAAUAAUACGAUUGUUUAAAUUAAUGUCUAAAGAAACAAGUUUUAGGGCAACAUGAAUCGACUUAUAAGGCGUUUAAGUCCAGUGAUUUUACGAGAAGCUUCCUCAAACAGCAAACGCAGCCUUCGAGAUGGACCAAGUUUUCAGCACUUUCUUCGACAAUCGGAUUCACCGAGCACCAGCUCUACGGAAAUACAUCAAGUCAAACGAUCAUCGGACAUACCAUAUUUAGCGAAGGAAGAUCUAUUAGGUCAAAGAAAAAAAGUGUUCUUUGAAAUCUACGGGUGUCAAAUGAACACCAACGACAUGGAAAUCGUAUGGUCCAUCCUUAAAGCCCACGAUUAUCAACGGGUCGGUAGUUUGAGGGAUGCUGAUAUUGUACUGAUGAUUACCUGUGCAAUUCGGGACGGAGCAGAAAGCACGAUUUGGAAUCGGUUGAAACACAUACGUCAGCUCAAAGAAAAACAAGAAGAAAUUAGAACAUUGCAGAUAGGAGUUCUUGGGUGCAUGGCAGAGAGAUUGAAGAAUCAGUUGGUCGAGAAAGAACGAGCUGUUGAUGUAGUGGCCGGACCAGAUAGCUACAAGGAUUUACCACGAUUGUUGGCUGUUGGUCAGCGUGGUCAGAAAGCAAUAAACGUAAUGCUAUCGAUGGACGAGACCUAUGCUGAUGUCAUCCCGGUUAAGCUGGACAGGAAGUCACGCACCGCUUUUGUUUCGAUUAUGCGGGGCUGUGAUAAUAUGUGUUCUUUUUGUAUUGUUCCAUUUACGCGAGGGAAAGAGCGCUCGAGACCGAUCAGCUCGAUCAAGGAAGAAGUGUUACACCUCGCUGCCAAAGGAAUUAAAGAAGUUACACUUUUGGGUCAGAAUGUGAAUAGCUACAGAGACACAAGUUCAAGCUUUGCAAGCGGAGAAAAGGAAGCCUCUAUUCUGGCACCAGGGUUUAAAACCGUUUAUAAAACUAAAGUAGGUGGACUUCGAUUUGCGGAAUUAUUGGCUGAUUUGGCCGAAACGGUACCCGAUAUGCGAAUAAGGUUCACCUCCCCCCAUCCGAAGGACUUUCCUAAGGAUGUACUGAAGACUAUUGCGCAAUAUCCCAAUAUAUGUAAUAGCUUACACUUGCCGGCCCAGGCCGGAAACUCUGCUGUGCUGGAACGAAUGCGACGAGGGUACACAAGAGAAGCUUAUCUUAAUCUAGUCAAAGAGGUUCGUGCUGUGAUUCCAAAUGUGACACUAUCGAGCGAUUUCAUAUGCGGUUUCUGCGGAGAAACAGACGAAGAAUUUGCUGAUACGAUUUCACUUAUAAACGAAGUAAAAUAUCACAACGCUUUUCUUUUUGCGUACAGCAUGCGGGAGAAAACUGCUGCCCAUAGACGAUUUUUGGAUGAUGUACCGGAGUAUGUCAAAAAGCAUCGGUUACAGGAAAUGAUUAAAUCAUUUCGGUAUCAUGCUGCACAGCUAAAUGCUCUAUACGUUGGGCGUGAAGAGUUAAUUAUGGUUGAAGGACGUAGUAAACGGUCACCGAACGAUCUCUCCGGAAGAAACGAUGGUAACAUAAAGGUAAUAAUACCUGCUGGAGAUGUCCCUUUUGGAGAUCCGCAUUCUGCUGAUCGUAAGACGAUAGUAAGUGGAGACUGUGUGGUGGUGAGAAUAUCUGAAUCAAACUCACAAAUACUUAAAGGUGUGCCGAUUUAUCAUACCACCAUAAGUCAGUACGCAGAACGAAGUAUUGUGUGUGAAUCUUCAUCGAUAAAUUUGAGCAAUUGAAUUGCUUGAACUGUAAUAGUUUUAUUGAAAUAAAAUUUAUUUAUGAAUACCGUA